GAGAUGAGUCAGCCAUUGAGAAGACUCUCUUCAGUGGCUAACACUACCCCCCUUUCAUGCUGAUUGGCUUCUAGAGAUGUCUGUUGUGGAAGAAGGCAUUAACAAGGAUCUCAUUCUCAACCCAGGAGCAAAAUCAGGGUGGUGGUUGCUGUGAGUAACAUGAAGGGACCCUGCACUUCUGAAUUUGCCACAAUACUACUGAUCUUGAACCCUUGAGGGCUGUCGUGCCUCAGUUAUAGACAUAAUCCUCACUUAAAGUCUAGGCAUGUCCGUGGGAGAUACAUCCUUUCCUUGCCCUGAGUGUGACAUGCCAGAAUGGUGAUUUAAUCCUGGGCGGGUGUUUUAUAAAAGAAAGCAUUUACAGACCACUUCGUGAACAUCAAGGAGCGUCACCUCAGUGAUCUCAGUAACAAUGCAGUCCUAGGCAUGUCUGCUCAGAAAGUGUGGUUCCCUCCAGCCCCCAUCUGAUAAGGGCCCCGAACCUGAGAAGACCCCUGUCAAUUUCUGUCACCAGUAACCUGCGGGCGGAUAUCACGCCUGUGGCAUGAGCAGAAAUGGCUGACAAUUCAGACUCCCGGGAGUCGGAGAACAACAGCUGGGUGAUUGCUGGUUCCGAGGCUCUACCUGUGGAGGAUCUCGGUUUGGAAGCGUCAGAGGAAACCCAGGCAGAGUCUCAGCCGGCCAAGGAUGACACCCACGCGCCCCUUGGUGAGAGCAAAUAUCCCGAUCCAGACGAAGCCAACCCCAAGGGUCCUGAGCUGGUGUUGGACCCUAAUUCUGAAGAAACCCCCAGCCCAGCCAAGACCCCAGAGACCACCCUCUUAUUGUCAGAGCAUACAAAGGAGCCAGGCACCCGUGAUGCUGAGGAAGGAUCUGUGCCCGCCCCGCAAGGAACCCUUUUCGUCCACAAAGCAGGCCCUCUGGUGGAGGAGGCCAACUCAUCCAGCAGCGGAGAAGAGUCGGCCAAAGAGCGGGACAUCGAAGGCCUGCGCAGGCGGAAAGGCCGGGAUGUUCACCCUGUUCCGCUGGAGGCCAGUCAAGAUCGAGGCGAGGAGGGCGUCGGUGGCCUUCCCAGGACAAAAUGGCUGUUUGGGUUCCUCGCCCUUCUAGGUUUGGGUUUGGCGGCUUUGUUGGGGGUCGUCUUUGACCCAGACGAUGGCCCUGUGGACAUCCUCAGCACCUGGCAAAGCUCAGACAGCGAAGAGCCGCAUCCUGGCGCCGGUGGGAGGGACUGGCCGCCGUCGCCCUCCCUGGACUACCCCGGUGACGCCAAACUUCGGCACGCCAAGGAAGCCCUGCUGUCAUCGGAGCACCUCGGCGACGUCCAGAGCCUGGACACCAUGGGACACUUGCUCGACAAGCUGGCCAAGGAGAAUCAGGAGAUCCGGCUUAUGCAAGCUGAACUGCAGGCCCAGAAGGAGGAACUGCAGGCUCUGCUGCAGAAGACUGAAGGCGAGGCGUUGGAGUUCACUUCCCAGCAGCAGAGUCUGGCCACCGAGAAUGCCAGGCUCACGGAAGUGCUGCAACGGGAGACGGCCUCCCUCCUAGCCACGCAGGCCGAGCUCCGCCUUCUCCAAGAGAAGCUGCGCAGCCUGGGCGAGGCGGCCCAUGUCAAAUCCCGACGGCUCCCAGAAGAGGAACCCGCGCCGGACCUCCAACGUGAUAAGGCCGAGCACGCAGAAGCCAAAAUCCGCCGCCUGCACUCCCUGCUGGCCUCGGUUCAGCGUGACAUAGGGAGAGUCUUUCAGAAAGUUCCGCCCGGCGAGGGGGGCGAAGGGCUCCGGGUGGAGCUGGGUGGUGUGGAGCGGAAGCUCGCCCGGGAGCUGGAGGGGGAAGAGGGCGCCAAGCCGUCAUGGAGAGAGGGCCACAAAGCCAGGCGUGGCAAGGACAGAGCCUGGCACAGGAAGCACGAGGGCCAGGAGGAGCAUCGCCCGCAGCAUCACGAAAUCAGCCCGGGAAAGGAGCUCCGUUCCCCACAUAAGGCUCCCAAAAUGGCAGACAAUGGGCCUCACCGUUCCAGGAAGCAUCAGGGCCCACGAGACGCCAAGCCAGGCCAAGAUUCAGAGCGCCACCACCAUGUAGGCCAGAAGCCCAAGAAGCCCGCUGAGCCCAGUGCAUUGUGGGAAAUGCUGGCCAAGCUACAGUAUCGGGCUCCCCAAGGCUGCGCUGGCGUUGUUGAGUGCGCCCACCAGGAGGGGCUGGAGCCGGUGCAAAAGCCCAGCUUUCUGCAGAUGGUUCAGAGCUACCUGACUAGGCUGGGCUGGGCCGAACACUACGGAGGCCUAGCGGCUGCCCUGGACAGCUACUUUGGGAGCGACGGGGCCUUCGCCCACGACCGCCUGAGCUUCGUGGAGCUUCUGGAUGAAGUGGAGGACGCGCUGGAGGAGAUGGCGGAGCUGCUGGGGGGCAGCGAAGAGGAAGCGGAUAAUUUUGAGGAGGUGAUCCUGUGGCAGCUGGGGGCGGCCCCCAGGGGCAGAUUCACACAGCGAGACGGUGCCCAGCACCACGCCAAGGAGCGGAACCCUGAGGGACACGGGCGCAAGAAUAGCCGAGAGAGCACCAGCUAGUCCCACGGCUAGGAGGGCGGACCUGCCGGUACUAAUUUGGCUCGGGGCAAGGAGGGAGAGUUGGACCUAAUGAGGACUUGUUGACAUACCAAGGGAGGGUUUGGAGGUAUUGCUCCAAUGCUGAAACUUGGCGGGGAAGUAGGCGUUUUAUCAGCAGGUACCGCCCUGCCAAUUUCUGAUGUGUGGGAUCAUCUGAAUCCAUCCUCCUCUCUUCCCCACCCAUGUCCACUCCGAGCCCUCCAACGUUCCCCGAAGUGUGCGCCCACUCAGUAGCAGCCACCAGCAGCGACACGGCUGAUCGCUUAUCUUCAGCCAGAGAAGUGGUCCUUCCUGCCUCCUCCCUGUGCACCCACUCUUUGCCAGGCUGCGCUGUUGGGUGAAAUUUUCGCUGGUGCUAGAGCGCCCACCCCUAACACCACCACUGUGUGGCCUCUGCGUCCAAUGCAAAAAAAAAGGCUUGUCUUCACACAGGAACCAACCCGCCCAAGAUCCAGGUGGUCGCGGCUGGCUUUUCUAUCGUCUCGGGAUAGGCCGCCGUGUCAAGCAAAAAGUGGGCCAAAUCAGAAACCGGAUCCUGCCAGUGUGUGCCUGUUUUGUGCAGGGUGCGUCACCUUGCUGUUGUCACCCCUAGACUCCGAAACAUCGCUAAACAUUGGGGUUCCUGCACAGUUCUUGUUUGUUCCGCCGCCGAAAGAAAUACAAAUCCAGAAACUGUGGAAAAUUCCCUUCCCGCCCCACUCUACUACCCACCCCCUCAACUACUUGCACUGUGAGUGUGUCAGAAAUGAAAUAAAGGCACUGAAUGAAA